GCCGCGCCCGGCUUCCAGGUUGCGCUGACAGCGCCGCACGGGGCCGUGGGGUCCUGGGAAGCCCGAGCAGCCCGGGUGAGGGAAGUCGGAGAAGGGGGGAGUGACAGCCGGAGACCACGCGGGGACAGGGGCGGCCUCCGCGAGGCUCUUCCCCACGCGAGCGCCCCGGGCCGGCCGGCCAUGGCAGACGGCGGCGGCACGGGCAGCUCGGGCCCCUGGUGGAAGUCGCUAACCCACAGCAGGAAGAAGAGCAAGGAAGCCACCGCGGGGGCGCAGCCUCCGGCCCAGCCCGCCCCCGGCGAGCCCGCGCCGCCUGGCAGCUCCCGGGAGAACCAGCACCCCGGUCUCCUCGGGGACGCCGCAGAACCCCACAAGCCAGACAAGCCGUGCGCGGAGAAGUCGGGCAACAGCCGCCGCAAUUUGAAGAUCUCACGCUCAGGCCGCUUUAAGGAGAAGAGGAAAGUGCGCGCCACGCUGCUCCCGGAGGGGGUCGGGUCUCCGGAGGAGGUGGACUUCCCUGGGGACCCCCACGAGGACAAGCAGUAGCCCGAGCGCCGCAGGACUGCCUCCCUGCCCACCUCAGUCCCCAACGCCGAGUUCUAAACCCGGGAAUUCCGACCCGCCCGUGUACUUGGUGUCUCAUCCCGCCAAGUUCAGAGUAUUCGCACAGUGCCUCCACGAUUUUAUUUUUCAACUGAGUUUCCAAUAUUUCAUGACUCAAGGAUACAUUAAAUAUUUAUUUGUGGUAAGAGAAGAUACCUGCCACUGAGGAGGUUGGCACAAUAAUUUUCUUCAAAAAGGUAUGCUGAGGCCUCGCCCCUGGCUCGUGUCACCUGCGUGAGUGAGAAAGGGCCCUUGUCUCAAAGGCGUAGCUCAUCUUGAUCUCCUCUGCCCUGUCAAAGGAGGGAGGCAAAUCCCAGUGCUGUUUUCAAUGCCUGGGAAAUGAAGUCUAGGGGUACUUCCGUAGACUUACACCUUAAGUGAAGGGGUGAGGAGAGAAGAGGCCUUCUCAAGUGAAAGGAUUUUAAAGUAAGGCAGUUUUGCUUUUGAUGUGGAACCACAGAACUGUAGUGCCUGUUUUCGUGUGGACGAUUAAACUUGCACUGUAAGACUUAAGGUGACUUCUGUAUUUUUUCCGUUCCAAGCUGAACCCCAUCAUCCUUACAAGCGAGCAUGCAAAGUCCGAGGUGACAGAGUUAAUCAUUUGUCACACAGCAUAACGGCUACCGUUGGAAAGCUUCAGGAAAGAGGACGUUUCUAGAAACCAGCAACAAUUGGACUGGAACCAGUGAGCCACAUAUUCCUAUUUACUAACAAAAUUCAAGGGAGGAAGAGGUACUUCAUUAUUCCUAAACUCUCCUUUUAUUUUACUUCAGUGCAUUUUCACAGUGCUAGGAAUACAUCCUUUUCAGUAUCAUUGUUAACCUUACUGAGUACAAUUGUCUGAAAAUACUCAAACAAAUGGACUGAACUCUUGGUUUGGGCAAAGCUGGCUUUUCUCCCACCCAUUUACUUCAAAAGCUUAUUUCUUUGGUCUGAAGUAUGCAUUUAUCUAGUUUCAAAGCCUUUAGAUCUACCAACCUGAAGAUUCUUAACAAAAAUCUACCUGUUUGCUUUUAUUAUGAACUUCAAGAAAAGGGGUAAACGAAUACCACUUGCUUUCAACAAAUUACAAGAGAGUUAUUGUAGUCAUUAAGAGGCACUGGGAUCUUUUCCCACCACAAUUCAGUUCAUUUUUAAACAUUCAGAAAUGCGUAGCAGGGAAAUUAUGUUGAUCAAAGUGUAUAUCUUUUUAGAUAACAACAAGCAAGAACUUGAUUAGAGGCUGUUUUUGUUUCUCUCGAAUUAGUAAUUUAUAAAGUAGUA